GGAAGUACGUAGCUUGACAGAAGGACAGAGCCGUGCGUAGUCGGGAUUGUAGUUAUCUUGCUCUGGAAAGAUGCUGACCAAUAUCUCUAAUGUGCUGAGGGCUUGUGCUCAGAGGAAUGGAGCUGCAGCGGUCGUGUCAGCACGCACAUAUGCUGACUUCACAACUGAGGCUACCUUUGAAAUAAAGAAAUGUGACAUCCACAAGCUGGAUGAAGCUCCGGCCACCCAGGUGGUUUUGACUCGUGAUGAGGGUCUGCAGUACUACCGCACCAUGCAGACCAUAAGGCGUAUGGAGCUGAAGGCAGAUCAGCUGUAUAAGCAGAAGAUCAUCAGAGGGUUCUGCCACUUGUAUGACGGACAGGAGGCCUGUGCAGUCGGUAUCGAAGCAGGAAUUAAUUUGUCUGACCACCUGAUCACUGCGUACCGCGCCCACGGCUACACUUACACCAGAGGAGGGACUGUGAAGGAGAUCAUGGCCGAGCUCACCGGCAGAAGAGGAGGAAUUGCAAAGGGCAAAGGAGGCUCUAUGCACAUGUACACCAAACACUUCUAUGGAGGAAAUGGAAUUGUCGGAGCUCAGGUUCCCCUGGGUGCUGGUGUGGCUCUGGCCUGCAAGUAUCAGGGCAAAAAUGAGCUGUGCGUCAGUCUCUAUGGUGACGGUGCUGCCAACCAGGGUCAGAUUUUUGAAACCUACAAUAUGGCAGCCCUUUGGAAGCUGCCCGCCAUCUUCAUCUGUGAGAACAACAGGUAUGGCAUGGGCACCUCAGUGGAGAGAGCUGCUGCCAGCACAGACUACUACAAGAGAGGAGACUACAUUCCUGGUCUUCGGGUGGACGGGAUGGAUGUUCUGUGUGUUCGGGAAGCAACCAAGAUGGCAGCGGAUCACUGCCGAGCUGGGAAGGGUCCCAUUCUCAUGGAGCUUCAGACCUACCGCUAUCAUGGACACAGUAUGAGUGAUCCUGGUGUCAGCUACCGAACCCGUGAGGAGAUCCAGGAGGUCCGUGGGAAGAGUGACCCCAUCUCCUUGCUGAAGGACCGCAUGCUCAGCAACAACAUGGCCAGCGUGGAGGAGCUCAAGGAGAUCGAUGUGGCGGUGAGGAAGGAGAUUGAAGAUGCUGCUCUGUUUGCCACCACGGAUCCUGAACCCCCACUGGAAGAAUUGUGCAACCAUAUCUUUAGCAACGAUCCACCCCUGGAGGUGCGCGGCACGAACCGUUGGAGCAAACUGAAGUCUCAUAGCUAAAGUUUUAUCGCCCGCUCUUUUCAUCACGUCAUUCAGCCUAUAAUAUAUUAGCCCCCCCCCCCCCAUGCCCCUUACAUAUACACACAUCACACAAUGUACCAUAAACUAGUGCCUCAGAUCCAGAGCUUGAACCAUCAACAAGUACAUUUAUUUCAAUGCUGUUCAGUUUAACAGUAGGGUCAUGUUCACAAAAAUGUUCAGAGGAUAAAACAAAGAUUAUCAAAGACACUUAACUGGAUAAUCUUCAAAUGGUUUCAGUUUACAAAACAAGAUUAUUCAUAAUCUUUACAUAAAAUACAUGCACCAAUUGAUAUAAAUUAAUACCUCUUGAGUAAUUAUGUUUAUUUGAGAGGGAAGCUCAAGAAAUGACCAAGCUAUUUUAAGGAAUAUCGAGGUCUCUUAACAUUUAGCAUUAAAUCAGAAGGUUUUGUAAAUCUGGCCCGAAGUGAAUAUAUUUAGCAGAUUCUAAAUUUGCUUGUUUGAUGGUUUUCUCUGUUCACUUUUGAGGUGAAAUGAAGCAACUAUCCAUCCAUCACUGUUCAUCUCAUAAAGAGACUGACCUGUAAAAAAAAAAAAAAAAAAACUUUGUACUCUUUAUACUGAAGUGUACAUGAUAAAUCAUUCAGUUUGAGUUAACUAGUUCUUGUCUUUUUUUUUUUUAUUUAACCCCUUGUUACAAAGACGCCAUAAAAGACAGCAGAGUAAAGACUGCUGUUACUAUCAGCUUUCUCAACAUGUCUCCUUAUGUUUUUCUUUCAAAAUACUGUGUUUAAGAGAGGUUGAAGAAUACUGAGGGAACGGUUUAGAAUAUUUUAAUUUAUCUUGCCAAACCGAACGUGCCUGGCAGAUCUUGUGUUGUUUAGAGGACGAAUGUGUCUUCUCUUGUUUGUGUCGCACUCCAAACCAGAGCGUCUGACUCUAUGAAUCUAAAAGUCAGAUUGUUGAAGACUCGUUUAACGAGUGUGUUCACAUACUCUGGUGCUCAGUUGCCUUGGUUGUGUUUAAUGACGUAAAAAACUCACAACAAACUCAUUUUCAUAAACUCUGAGAAGUUCUUAUUCGUUUUCUGAUGUACAUGUGUGUAAAUGGUUUCAGUCACACUCAAGUUGCCACAAGCUGAAACAUCUGUUGCCUGCAACAAUGGUGAAUGUAAACAUGAUGGUUUUUAGUCAGACUGCAUUCAUCAGAAAAGCUUCACUGUUCACAUCAAAUUUCCAAAUCAAAGAGAGAUUAUGUAGUAUUGUUGGUUCAGUAGAUUUAUGGACAACUUGAAUGUCUUGUGCUAUUUGACCACAUCAACCUCGGUACAUUGUUGGCUCAAACCUACUAAGAUACACGGACAUUUUGAAUUUCAGUCUGUUUUCUUUCUUGUCAAGUACUUGACACAUUGUUUUAAAAAAAAUAAAUAA